AUAAGUAAUGAUGAGUUCAAACAAGUGAAGACUGCAUACAAUUUCACGGGAAAAGUGAUUUUGACGACCGGUUCCAGUUCUGGCAUAGGGGAGGGUGUAGUCAAACUGUUUUCACGAUUGGGUGCCAAUGUUGUGGUCACCGGUAGGAAAGCCCCUGAAGUCAAACGAGUGGCAAAAGAAGCUCAAGAAUUAUCGCCAAAUAAUUUGAAGCCGCUGGAAGUGGUGGCAGAUGUGGCCAAAAGUGAAGAUUUAAAGCGACUUUUGAGUGAAACGAUCAAAACCUUUGGAAAAUUAGAUAUUUUGGUGAAUAACGCUGGGAUGGGUCGGUAUGUGAAUAUUAAGGACGACGGUAUACUGGCUAACUUUGAUCAGACUAUGAAUGUCAAUCUAAGA